AUGUUUGUCCGAUCAGUGAUGGGUAACAGACAGGGAGGCGGAGGUUAUGACGUGCGAGACAUCGACCAAACGGAUCCACAGGAGAGCACCGGUUUGUUGACACAAACACCACAACAGCCUCAGGAAUAUUCUGUGAAUACAAUACCCGUUGUGUGCGCUCAACCCUCCAGUAAUGUAACCGACUAUGAAUUGGCUGUUGAUAGAGGAGGUGGACAUCAUUGGUGUCGCUGUUGUGAUCCGCACUCAUGUCAUAUGUGCUGUAAUGGUGUGAAUUGUGGCGCCGGGUGUGCCGAUUGUGGCCAAUGCUGUGCCACGUGUUGUCUGAUCUGUUGUGACGGCUGUAUCCGUGGCUGUCUUGAGGGUGCUUUUCGAUAG